AUGUCCGGCGGCGCGUACGACGACUACUUCAAGGAGCAGGCGGGCACGGCCAUCGUGACAGUGAAGGACGUUGACGCGCCGGCCUUCAUCAAGGCUUUCGCCGAGCAUCUGAAGCGCCAGGGCAGGUUCGAGAUACCGAAGUGGUCGGACGUCGUGAAGACCAGCAAGCACAAGGAGCUCCCGCCACUCGACCCCGACUGGCUCUAUGUCCGCACCGCCUCGAUGGUGAGGAAGAUCUACAUCCGCGGUGGUACUGGUGUGGGUGGCUUCCGCAAGGUCUACGGCGGGCAGAAGCGUCGUGGCGUCUGCACCAACGUCUUCUCCAAGGGGUCCGGAAAGAUCGCCAGGUACGUCCUGCAGCAGCUGGAGGAGAUGGGCCUGGUGGAGCAGGACUCUGGACGAGAACGGCGGCCGGAAGAUCACGAAGGAGGGCCAGCGCGAGCUGGACACCGUGGCGGUGCAGGCCGCGGCGGUCGAAGAGGACGGCGACGACGAGUAGGCUGGGUCGCCCGCGGGAUCCUGC